UCUGUGAAAUAGUCCCUAAUUUCAUUGAUCAGCUUUUAGUUCAGUAAGAUGUGCAGUACAAAAUGAUGCUCAUCUCUUUUCUGAUUUUCUUAGGGUGUUUCUUCCGCAGAAGGCAAUUUUACAAUAAAGAGUGCCUGGAACGGACCAGAGGCUGUGCCCUUGAAGAAAGCAAGAUGGAUAAGAAAGCAUUUGAGAUGGUGCUUGAUGAAAUUAGAAAGGCCGUGUUGAUGGAAUACAAAUUAAAAGCCAUUGAAUAUGUACAUGGAUACUUUUCUAGUGAGCAGAUUGUGGAGUUGCUGAGGUACUUCUCUUGGGCUGAACCACAAUUAAAGGCAAUGAAGGCAUUGCAACAUAAAAUGGUAGCUGUUUCUGCCUCAAAAGUGGUUAACAUCCUCAACUGUUUCACUUUUAGCAAAGACAAGCUUAUUGCACUAGAACUGCUGGCUUCCAAUAUUGUUGAUGCUCAGAAUUACCGCCUGAUCGAAGACCUCUUCAAAAUUAGCCUGUCUGAGAAGAAGAGGUGUAGGAGAAUUCUUGAGCAGGCUUCCAAAGGAGGUUGCAAAGCACCUCAUGCUAUGAUCUCUUCCUGCGGUAUGAUUCCUGGAAACCCUUAUCCCAAGGGGAGGCCCAGCCGGAUAAAUGGCAUCUUCCCAGGGUCACCUAUCAAAAAGGAGAAUGAAGAGUAUACGAAUGAAGGCAAAGGAAUUGCAGCCCGUAUUCUUGGCCCAUCCAAGCCAGCUCCGGCAACAUACAAUCCACACAAGCCUGUUCCUUAUCCUAUCCCUCCUUGUCGACCUCAUGCAACCAUCGCACCAAGUGCUUACAACAAUGCUGGUCUUGUUCCACUAGCCAGUGUCAUAGCCCCUGGCUUGCCAGCUCCACCACCAUAUGCUACUAGUCAUGUAGGAACAGGUAAAACAGAAAAUGAAGAGCUUUCCAAUCAGGCAAAAUCUUCCCAGAAUGCAGCUUUUGCUACACAAACGAAUCAUCUCUUUACACCUCAUGGUUCUAACCCUGCUGCUUCUCCAGCCCCAACCCCAUCAUCUGUUAAGGCAAUAAGCCAUUCAUCAACACUGGCAUCUCCAGCCAUCCCAGGGAUAAGCAUGUCCACCCCUGUUCUUCCCACCUUCCCUGGGCAGGUCAUCUCCUCCGUCCAUCCACCUCAACCGUUGACGCCGACACCUACCCCCUCUGUUGUCAAAUCCCAUUCCUUGUCUGGUGUUCCUACCACAUCUGCUCAUUGUGCCACCUCUGCUUCUCUUCCUACCACUUUCUCUGGGCUGGCUUCUGUGCUGCCUGCUGCAGCAGCCCCUCAUGGGCUUUCCACGCAGUGUACCACUCCUGCACCUAAUGAAGCUUUUGCAUCUGCCACGGCACCCUUUGCCAGCCUACCUUUUUCUGCAGUGUCUGUGGCUACCUCUACUAGUAACUCCAGUUCACUGCCGUCGGCUUUCACUGGCCUUCCUUUGUCCUUGACUCCUACUCCACAGGGGAUAGCUAGUCCCAUUCCAUCUGCAGCUGCUGGUUCUCCUGCCACUAGCCUCCCAUGUCCUCUUAACUUGCCAAAUCCACUUCUGUCUGUCUUAAAGGGGUUUCUGUCAGUAAACGAUAGCUCCGUAAUGAGUUCAACACCUUUACCAUCUACCAUGACAGCUGAGCUUGCUUCUUUAUCCAGUCUUACAAGCCAGAACUCUGAAGCCUCCUCUUCAUCCAGUAACAAGUGUUACACUCCAACUGCUACCUCUGCCCUUCAGCAUCCUUCCACUCCAGGACUGGCCAUUUUCCCUGGGCUCCCAUCUCAGUCUGGAACUAGCAACAGUGCAAUCCCACCUGCAUUACCAUCGCAGUCUCCGUUGGCCACGUUGCCAUCCUCCGUUGUUCCAGUCAGCAGUACCUCCUCAGUUGCUCUUUCCCAUUGUACAAGCCCUGCUAAUCCUGAACAGCAGGUUUCAGCCACCCCAACUUCCUCAACAAUUCCCACCCUGGUCAAAACUGAACCCACCAGCCCUACUCUAUCAGGUUUCAAAAGCCCUUUGCAUUCUGCUGGGCCCUCUCAUAGCACUUCCGGCUUAUCAGCAGCACUUGGGCAUGUGUAUACCUCAACGACUUCCUUGCCGGUCAGCCUUCCCAGUUCCCUUAAUCCAGCACUCUCCAGCCUCUCCUCCUUGAGUGCUCCUCUCAUCAGCUCCCCUUCCAUUGCUGCUCACGCUUCAUCCACUCCAAUAGCUCCCGUAUAUAAUGCACUUCCGCCUUUCACUUCGCUGACCAGCAGUUUUGCUUUUCCUGGCAACCCAGCACUUACUCCAACAGGGUCUCUAUUGCCCAUUCCACUCACAACUUCAUCGGCCAUCUCUGCCUCUCAUGCCAGCUCCACCAGCACUGUCCUCCCGACGCUCAUUGCUUCAGCAGCUGCCCCAGCGCCUCCGUUCUCCCUUAACCUGUGCAGUGCUGUCCCUUCCUUGUUUUCUGUGCCUCAAGUCCCUCUAGGCUCAUGCAGCUCAUCCUUCCCGCCUUUCCCUGUCUCUAACACUCCCUCUGUCACUCCUGCUCUCCCUUCUUUCCCUGGGCUCCAGGCAUCUUCUACAGUAGCAGCAGUCGCCCCGCUGCCGGCAGCUGCCACAGCCCCAGCGCCAGCUCCAGUGCUGCCAGGGUUUGCCUCGGCCUUUAGCUCAAACUUCAACUCGGCACUUGUUGCACAGGCUGGCCUGACUUCUGGGCUUCAAGCCCCUGGAAGUACAGUUUUCCCAGGACUCCUCUCUCUUCCCGGCAUCCCUGGCCUUGCCCAGAGUGCCACACAGUCUUCCCUGCAGGAACUGCAGCAAACUGCAGCUGCACAGUCAGCAUUGCUACAGGCCCACUCAGCUUCUGCUCUAGAAAAUUACACAUCUCAGCCUGAUGGCUUUACUACGUAUCCACCAGCAUCAGGAACACCAGGAACACCUUUUACAUUGCAGGCGAGUCUGCCCCAGAGUGGAUGGCAAUAAACAACAACAGUUUCUCCUGCAGAGAGAGGCCCUUCUGAAGGAUGUUGUGGUAGCUUGGCAAAGCCACUGUUGAUGCUCCCAUUGAAGGCUUUGGAAAAUUCUUACUUCAGUGUGUAGCGUUGAAGAGGAAGGAUUCUGAGAAGCCAUUUCUGACACACUACAAAAAACGAACUAAUUCACUUUUUAUCAAUACCCUUAAAGCACUGAGCAUCUCUAAUUUUAUUUUUAGCUAGUGAAAAUUGAGGGUUCUUGAAUCUUCACAUGAUCUAGCCUAGGGGAUCAAUUUUAAAAAAAAGUGAAUUGGGGUAAAACGAUACAUGAAGUUGUCAGGACUAAUUUUAUGUGAUGUAUGGUAUGUGAUUUUUGAUAAAAAGGAAAUGUAAAUCAGAGGCUCCCAGAAUGUCAGAUGUUCUCCUUUCUUUCCAGCCCAUGUUCCGUAUCAGAUUCAUAGCUGCUUUUCCCAGGCUAUGGAAACUAUUUACAUAAGAGGCAGGUUACUGCAGAAUCAAUUCGAUUCCCCUGCCUUUCAUUUUUUAAAAAUGUUCUGCAUUGCCUUUCCAAUUCAUGUUUGCACAUGUGUGUCUGAAAGCUAUAAUAUGUAUCAAUUUGUCACUGUUUUUUACACCUACAUGUUUCCAAUCAUCAGUAUUCCUUUACCCUCCUCAAAUGCCAGGAGGAAUCUUGAGUAUUAGUUUAUUUUUAAAAGUAUCCUUUAUGCAAGUCCCAGACUUAAGUGCACAAUUACUGUAGAUUGUUAGGACUACAAUCCAUGGCUUGUGUUAUGUGAUUGUCUCCUCUUGGUAACACAUUGGUAGAAGCUCCAGUGCAUCAAAUACAUCACUUCAGAUUCUACCUAACAGUGUCAAAGGCCUGCUGAUUGGUGAAUGAAGUAGUCAUUCUUCUUAAAUGAGAACUGCACUAAUAUAUAAUACUGUAUUGUAGUCGGCAAGAAUGAAUUCCAUGACUUAAAAAAUGCAUCUAAAACCCCCAUGAAAAUGCAAAUUAAACGUUUAAAUUGUAUCCUUCCCGUCCUGCACCUACACAGUAUAAGCAGCUGGCACUAGAUUAUCUCCUGCUUCCAGACUACAGAAGCCAGUAGUUUACUCACAAGGAUUUUAAAGACAGGUGGCUCACUUCAACUAGGAAUUAUGCAAUGUGAGAUAUAGAUGAUGUUCUUGUUAUGUUAAUGAAGUGCUCUAUACUGUUUUUAGUAUAUGUAGUAAUGAAUAGAAAAAUCCUAAAAGUCUUGAUCAUGUUCUACAUCUACAGUAGUGAUGUACUUGAUUUGUUUUUUAAUGUGAACUAUCAGGAAAAGCAGAGCUUGACACCUUUUUUAUAAAGUUGGAAGUCUACCAGAUGAGAUUAAUAUAGACGCUUCCAUAAGUGAAAAGGCAUGAAGAACACUAAUGUGUAUAUAUCUGUAUUUUUAUAAAGUUUUUCAAAUAAAAUGUGUAGGGAUUGUACACAAGUUUCUACAGUAGACUAGAAUAAAGAGUUCUUUAAAAAUC